AUGCAUAUGCACGACACGGCGCCGACGGCGUGGUAUAUGCCGCUGCUAAAGACGCCUAUCCUACUUCACAGCUCUCGCGAUCCUGGAAAAUGUACCCUGACUCCCGAGCGAUGCGCUUACAAGUCAAGAUAUUGGGUAUUCUGGUACGAGGCUGAUCAUGUGUUUGCCCUUCCCACCGUAUACUUUUUCCUCGCCGUCAUUGCCGUCUUCGCCCUCGGUCACUUUUUCAGCGCCUACGCGCCCGCACGCCUCACCCGCCAGUCGUCCCCGUGGCGCCGCGCCGUCGCCGGCCUCCGGUUCUGCGCCUACAAGACGUGGCGCAUCGGCGGGCCCAACAGCAGCAGCAUCUCCCAGUCCCUCGGCGCCUACCUUCUUCUCGGCGCCGGCGUCGUCUUCUUUGCGGCCAUGACCUUGGGACCCCGGCCCUACUACUGGCCGACCGACGCAAAGUACGGCAGCUCCCCGCCGCUGGCCACCCGUACGGGCUGGAUGGCGCUCGCCUGCAUGCCCUUUAUCCUCUUGCUGAGCUCCAAGGCGAACAUCAUCUCCGCCGUCACGGGUAUCCCGCCCGAGAAGCUCAACGUCUGGCACAGCUGGGUGAGCUGGGCCAUGUUUGUCCUGGCCCUCAUCCACACCUUUCCCUUCAUCAUCUAUCGUCGCGAUGUGACCCACGACUUGCAUAAGACGUGGAUCACCGGCGGCGUCUGGCUGACGGGAGUCAUUGCCUUGGUUGCGCAGACGUGGUUGACUUUCAUGUCCAUUUCGUGGAUUCGCAAUAAAUUUUACGAAUUCUUCAAAGCCACUCACUUCUUCUUCGCCAUUGUCUUUGUCGUCUUCUUCUUCAUCCACUGCGCCUUUCGCCUGUCGUCGUGGGACUACUUCAUCGCUGCCGUGUCGCUCUACGUCGCUUGCUUGCUGUUUGCCUUUGCCAAGACGUACUUUCGUCACGGCAUCAACCACGCCGCUCAUAUCCGCUGCGAGACACCACAUUCUCUCCGCAUCGCCGUCGCCACGAAAUCGAGCUGGAGGCCCGGCCAGCACGUCUUUCUGCGCUUCGUGGCCUGCGGCGCGCACGCCCUGACCGCGCACCCGCUGACCAUUUGCUCGCUUCCCGACACCGACCAAGCAGGCUCCGGCGGUGAAAUGGUCUUCUUUGUGCAGCCCCGCGGCGGUAUCACUGGGCGCCUCGCCGCGCUGGCACGCAACCAGCCAAACAAGAGCGUCUCGGUGCUGCUCGAGGGCCCCUACGGAGGCAUGCCCAGCAGAUGGGCCAAGGGCUUCGAUCGCACGCUUCUGGUCGCAGGCGGCUCAGGCUGCGGCUUCACCUUGGCGCUGAUUGAAUCGUGGCUGCGCGCGGGCGGGUCGCUCAAUGGUCAGCGCUAUCUGGAGGUGGUCCUGGCGACACGCGAUCCCGAAAUGCGCAUAUGGUACAUGGAAGAGCUGCAGCGACUCGCCGAGCGCCAGUCUGUCCAGGGUAAGAUGGAGCUGCCGGGCGUGUCCGUCUCGUUUUGCGAGACGCAUGACCAGAGCGUCGUGACGGGUCCAGACCCGGGCUCGUCUUCUGGCGAUGAGGAGAAAAGGGCCGUCGUCAGAAACGUGCGACAGCCAGAUGGCUCAAGCACCAUUACGUCGCUGUUUGGCGUUUGCUUUUCGCAUGGACGGCCAGAUACAAAGGCUGCAGUCCAUCGCCUGGCAUCAGCAGAUGGUGUCACUGUCGGCGUGGCAGUCUGUGGCCCAGCAAGCAUGGUGUAUGAUGUAGGAGUUGCAGCAGCGGCAGCACAACUGCGCAUUGUCCGAGGUCGACCUGGUGCCACAGAGCUAUUCCUCCACAAGGAGGCCUUCUCAUAUUGA